AUGCGUUCUGUCUACAUUACAGAACAUACGGCGCCCGGCCAAUACCAGCUGGGCGAUGUGCCCUCGCUGGUCGUGGAGAAGCCCAACGACAUCUUGAUCAAGGUUCAUGCCGCCAGCAUCAACCCGAUAGAUGUGAAGAAAGCCUCGGGGGCAACGAAAAUGGUUCUGAAGGAUAGCUUUCCGUAUAAAAUUGGCUACGACUGUGCCGGCACGGUGGUCAACAUUGGAUCUCAGGUAACACGGUUUCAGGUCGGUGACGAGGUCUUCGUGCGAUUACCAGAAUGCCACCGCGGAUCAUGGAGCGAGCUCGCCCGAUCGACUGAAGACUUUGUCGCAUUGAAGCCGAAGAAUUUGUCUAUGGAAGACGCCGCGUCAAUUCCAUUAGCGGCCAUGACAUCCCUGCAGGCGCUGCGUGGCUACGAAGGCGAUCUCGCGGGUAAGACGGUUUUCAUACCCGCUGGUCUUGGCGGAACUGGCAUUUUCGCAUGCCAGCUCGCAAAAAGUAUCUUCAAAGCCGGCAAGGUGAUUACUACGGUUUCCACCCAGAAGGUUCCCAAGGUGAAAGAGCUGUUGGGAGAGGGGAUAGUAGACGAGAUCAUUGACUACAGAAAGUCCGAUCCUAAGGAAGUCAUCCCCAAGGGAUCUGUCGAUUUCAUCUUCGACACGACGGGUAGUGCAAUGGAAUAUCUGAGUCUAGUUCGACCGAAAGGAGCCAUUAUUACAGUCUCUAUAUUGACCUCUGGAGACGUUCUUCAAAAUUCAAGCGUUAUGCGCUUGUCGCCCGACAAGAACGAUAAAGCAACAGUCCCCUUCCCUCUCCGGAUUGCACUCAACGUGAUGGAUCGAAUCCGAGUAGCUCGUGCAUCUCGUUAUGGGGUCAAAUACGCAUCCAUCUUCCUGGAACCAAAUGCGGCUGAUUUAAAUUCAAUUCGGGGAUGGGUGGAGGCCGGGAAGUUGAAAACGGUUGUGGGAACGAAAGCAAGUUUUAAUGAUAUUAAGGCAGUCCGGGAUGCUUGUCAAGUGGUGUAUGAUGGGAAGGGAGGCGUUGGCAAGUCUGUGAUUGUGUUUGAUUAA